UAUAGCACUUUUUCAGUGUGAUAAAAACUGAAAAGUAUAACCAGGAUGUAAAAUAAUAUACUUAAAACUGGAAAACCAAUUUCACAAUAUUCAAUAGAUGUACAAAGCUGGUGAAGUCAAUUUCCUCAUAUAAUAUUCAAAAUCACACAAAACAAGCAUUUAAACAUGUAAACAGUUGUGAAAGGCCAUCAAUAUAAGACAGGAUAUGUGAUGCUGCAUCUAGGCUAGGAAUAAAUAAUUGACUUAAAUAACAUUUGUUAAAAACUUUAUAAUGGGAAUACUGAGAAAUGAAAUGAAGUGAUAUAUACAAAUAUAAACAAGGGUUUCAAUAUGUUAAAGUAUAAAGAACUUGUGCUAAUGGUGAUUUAUGUGAUGCACCUAGAAAGCAUGGAUUGUACAUUCAGAAUGUAUUGUGCAAACAAAAAUAUCACAACACCAGUUGAUCAAGACAAAACCUAUGCCAUUGUGGGAGUGUUGAUGGACAUUCACGAUAAUGGGAGAAACAUUAAGGAAUGUGGACCAAUCACAAUCCAGAGUUACAUGUAUCUAGCUGCUCUCAGAUGGACAUUUCAACACAUGAAUGACAACAAUUAUUUAGAUGGAAUAAACAUAGGUAUAAAGGUGUUUGACACCUGUGGAUACAGAGAAGCAGCAGUGAAACAUGCCCUAGACCUUCUGCCUGAGAUGUACAACACACCAGAUGAUGCUUAUUGCCAAGUGGAUCAAGAUAAUGCAUUUUUAGCAGGCAUAGUUGGCCCAGGUAUAAGUGAAUCUACAGUGUUUGUAGCAGAAGCUUUGAAAGACUCUGGUGCACCAAUUCUUACACAUUCCAGUACUGCAGCAUCCAUUAGUGGCCUUCAAAAUGUCUUCAGGGUAACCCUACCAGACACAGAGCAAGUCAAGGUCAUUAUUGAUGUUAUAACCAACCUUAAGUGGAGUGUCAUCUCUGUAAUCUACUCAGAUGACACCUAUGGCCGAGAAGGAUACGAGGAAAUCAAGAAACAAGCACUUGAAAAGAACAUAUGCAUCAUUCAAGCACAUAUGAUCAAAACAAGCCAUAAUGAAGUAGCCAAACUAUCAAAGAUUAUGAAGGAUAUUGUAGGUACGAUAGCCACCAGUGGCAUUAUGGGUGUGGUGUGUUUUGGGCAGGCCAGCACAGUAGAAGAAGUCUUCAUAGGAGUAAAAGGAUUAAUGGAGCAAAACCUUGGUCACUUAAGUGAUCAACUUCAGUUUAUUCUACCAGAUUCAGUAGGAAUUAACAGUAAUGUUCUCGUUGAUUAUGCAAAUAUUGCAGAGGGUGCAAUCACUAUAAGUCCAUAUAUAGAUGAGGUUGAGGAGUUCAAAGACUUCUGGGUAGAUAUGUUUUCUAAUAGUAGCAUGGUGUCUACUUUGUCUGCCACUGACCCCUGGAUAGAAGAGGUGUUUAUGUUACAGUACGAAUGCACUAUCCCAACACAUCCUUUGAUUUCUGAAUUGCCAUUCAAGCACUAUAGUCGCAACUGUGAUGAAAUCACUAGAGAGGAAGUUGAGCGUAAAUUCUCUCAAUCAGGUUACACUGAGAGUGUGAUACACAUAGCUGUCACUUUGACGGAAGCAUUGAAAAUUGUUCGACAAAAGGUCUGCAAAAAACCAAAUGGAGUAUGCACCGAGCUGUUGAACAACAAGAUGAUAUUAAGCAACAUGACAAACAUAAUCAAAAAGAUUAACAUUAGCUACACCAACAAAAUGACAUUUCAUCCCAAAAAGUAUCUGAAUAAAAGAAAUAUACAAUUUAAUGCAACUACAGGGGACAUCCUGCCUGAUAAAAGCGUGCCUCAGUACUUGGUACAUAACUACAAGAGGUGUGGGCAUUAUGGAACACAACACUGCCUUGAACGGGUUGGUAAAUAUGAAAAUGGCGCACUGGAUAUUAACCUUACGAAAAUGAAGUUCUAUCUUGAUGCUGGAGUUACAGAUGUGACAAAAUACACUUCAACUUGCCCAGAAAAGUGCAUAACUUGUAUCCAACAGAUUGAAGAAAGAGACAAGUUUCCAGUGAUUUACAUUGAAGGUGAUAUUUUGAUUAUGGCUGGGUUCCCUGUCCAUGUGCAAGGGGAUAAACCAUUCACUUGUGGAGCAGUCCGAUGGGGAGCAGGAGUCGACCUUGUCGAAGCUUUUUUGUUUGCACUAGAACAAGUCAAUAGACAACCUCGUACAGGAAUAUUCAAAGAUAUUACCAAGGAUAUGACAAUUGGGGCCAUCAUAUUUGAUACAUGCUACAGCCAAUUAAGAAGCCAACAGUUCAUAUACUCAGUCUUCACUUGUGAAACCAAGCUUACUUAUGAGGGAAAAAUAUUGGAAUCUGAUGUCAUUUCAAAAGUAGCAGCUAUUCUGGGUGGACUAGGCAGCUCACAGACAAAAGCCCUAGCUGAUAUCACAACAAAGAUGGGGAAGGUUCAGUGCAGUUAUGGCUCCACGAGUCCAGUGUUGAGUAAUAGAAAGGAAUACCCAUACCUGAUGCGUGUUGUGACUCCUGAUGAUAAACAGGUGGCUGGGAUGAUCCAACUUUGUGUACAAAACAACUGGAAAUAUGUCUCUAUUGUGCAUACAGAUAGUCGUUAUGGUACUGACUUAGCAAAUCUAUUCAAAAGUUUGGCAGAGAAAGCUAAGAUUUGCGUGGCUGUUACGAUGACAAUUAGCACUGGAAAAGGAAAUGAGAGAGAUGCAGCAGCACGUAAUGCCAUUUUGGAGAAGCAGUCAAAUGCAAAGGUGGUUUUUCUGCUUGCUGAUCUCCAAAGCACUGUAAGAUUCCUUAAAGAAUUCAAGAAUAAUGCCAAAAGUGGCAUUUUCACCUUUGUCAUGUCUGAAUCCACAAACACAAAUGAUAAACUAAAGAGCGAGGAACUGGGAAACAUUGCGCUGGGGUCCUUAUCAUUUAAAAUGGAGACUGAACCAAACACAGAAUUCAGAAAGCAAUUUCUUAAGAAAACUCCAUGGAACAUGAAAACCAAUAGAAAAUGGUUUAAAGAGUGGUGGAAGAGCAAAUUUAAUUGUCAUUUCCCAGAUUCUUUUGAUAAAAGUGGAGCACAUAUUUGCGAUCAGACAGAGCAAAUGAAUGGUACAAAAGAAGACAGUUGGGUGCCAUAUGUUAUUCAAGCUACACAUGCAUUGGCAAUUGGGAUAAAUUCUGCCUUAAAAAGUUACUGCACAGUUGAACCAACAAAACUUUGUGAGGCGUUUGUCGAACACCCAAAAGAAGUCAUUGAAAAGAUAAAAAAGGUACAACUGAAAUUCGAAACUACAGGAGAGAUGACAAGUAUAUUUGAUGAAGAUGGAAAUGGGAUAAGUGAUUAUGGUAUAUAUAAUCUUCAGUUAGAUCCUAAAGAUCCAAGGAAAAAGAAGUUUGUUCAAGCUGGAAAGUAUUCUGUCCGUGAAAGUAAGUUAGAAUACAAUAACUUGACUGCAAAGUUCUAUGAUGGUCUGAAAAGGGAAGUGAAAGUGGUUUCACAGUGUGAUGUAUGCCCAGAUUGCCCAAAAGAUGAAACCAGUGAAAAUUCUCAACAGAAUUUACUGUUUGGAACUAGUAACCAUGAACCAUUGCAGAAGGGACUUCUGGCUACUCUAGUGAUGUUUCUUGUAAUGUUUUUGAUUGCUAUGUUAUUAGCUGUGAGUCUCAUCAUCACCAAGAAAAGAGAGAAAAGAAAAGAGAAUGAACGGGCUGCUGCUGCAAGGAAGCUAUAUGAUAAUGGGGGAGUGGAAUACUCUGAUGUAUCACGACAUGAUGAGAAUGUAUACAACAAUAUAUCUAUAGAUGGCUCAGAUGGUUCAGAGAGUUUUCAUGGACAAUACAUUCAUCCACAACAAAUAAACCCUCAACUUCAGCAACCUCAACCAGGUCCCAGUCAUGGGCGCUCUGAGGGAGCACAUGUAUAUACCCCAUCUCACUGAGUAAAUACCAAGCAGGAUACCAACAAGAUAUCAUUAUGGUUGUGACAUAUAUAAUUAACACCACGUUAUAGAGACACAUCGUUUUACUUGCUCCUCAAUUUCACAACAAUAAUGUAGAUUUUAGUUGUUGGAAUAAAACAUUUCCAAACCAUUUCAAUUUAUAUAUAUACAUACUACAGCCAGGAAAUGAUUUAUCUCCGCUGGAACAAUUUAAUAUUGGACCCCAUGAACAAAAAACAGAGGACAAACAAAAAUUGAAAAACCAAAAUGGAAGCAACAUCAUUAUCCUUCAACUACAGAUGUAAGUAUUCGAUUUGAAGCUCUGAAUCCAGUAAAUGAUUCAGAAUCUGACAUUAAUAGUGAUACCGAUACAGCAAGUUGGGGAUAAUUCUACACAGUUGGAGUAUCAAGGAUCUAAGGUGUGUGAAAUUGCUAAGGAGGAAUCCUAAAUAAGACCUUCAUGACAGAAUUGAAUUGGCACCGAAAUCAAACUUCGAAUCGAUGUUGAAAGUGGUAGGCGUCGAAACGACUUCUUAAUCAACACCAACAUAAUUUGGCGUCGAAAUAGCGCCGAAUUGUCAUCGAAUUUUAUCGACUUCGAAUUAUAUUGGCUGUGUAAGAUAUUAUGAUUUCACUUAUCUUUCAACAAGUUGGAUCCUUGCUUCCUUUUUCAAACUGAAUUGAAUGGGACACCUCGCAUGCAUGAUUUACCUUGUGAAAAUGUAGCCAAGAUUGGCCAUUCAGAAUUUACCUUGCAUGCACAAUUUACCUCGUUGUAAGAAUGUAGCCAAGGCGAGUGAGCAAGAAGAGGGGACACGUUGCAUAUCCGUCCAAGUCAAAGUAUUACAUAGUUAGUUUAUCUUAAAAAGCACAAAAAGACCUUUCAAAUGAGCCAUGACUUAUGACUUAACGAUUUUUCCUUGCAUAUAU